GACAUAUUUGAUCCAUAUUAUAUUUUUAUUAUAUUAUUGCCACAUAGUUUAUUCUAACCAUUUAAUAUGUUUUCUUUAAAAGCAUGUGCAUGUUGUUUUUUGACUAUAAUGCUUAUCUGUUUUUGCUAUUCUAAUGUAUUUGUUUCCCAAAUAAUUCAUAAUAAAGUAAGGAGUAUACCACAGAAUGAUAAUUCUACUAAACAAUCUGAUUAUCAGCCUAUGUUUCUUAAAUCUCACUCCACAGCUGAUACUAGUUUAAUGACUCUGAUGUUAUCAAAUUUUAAUCGUCUUGUCCUUUCACCUUCAAGACCUAUUUAUCAUAUUUCCCAUCCUUCUAUUUCUCCUCAGUUUGUUGCACUUUUUGUUGCUAGUGUGAAAAAGUUUGAUUAUUUACAAGAAUGGUAUAUUAAUGCUUCUCAUCUUAUUAUUCCAGGAUUUGGUGGCAUACCCCAUACAGGAGUGAACAUCUGUCUCCUAUGCAGUAUUGAUUUACUUUCUUCUCCUGCAGGAAUUCUACAUGAUGAUAAACAAGUUCCUUUGGUUAUGUCAGAUAAUAUUUUAUCUUGUGAUACAAGUAGCACAGUAGAUUUAUUUAAUGUUUCUUAUAUACCUGCUACUUUAUUAAUUAAUCAUUUGAAUCCUUUUGAUUCUGUAGGAUUAUGGCAAUGUAUGGACCAUGGUAUUUCACAAUUUUCUGUUCAUAUUAGUUUAUUUAUACAUACUACUACUUCACUUCCUUUGUCUAAACCUAUUCCUACCUCUUUAGAAAAACCUUUUCAUGAAGGUGAUCCUAUUCAGGUACGUUUAGAUUCUGCGACACAAGUUGCUUAUGAUGUUGAAUAUCGUUUGGUUACUUGGCAUCUUCAAUUGUCAAGGUGGAUGGUUUCUAUACAAUAUUCAAACUGCACUCCCUUUGUGUCUGUACAAGAAAAAUCAUUCCAAUGGUGGUUUCAUGAAAGUUUACUGCAAAAUGUUUCUCUUCGAUCUAAUCAUAGACCUAGGAGAGAUGUACUUGCGACUGGCUUGGGAGCAUAUGGUAGUAUGAUUGGCUCUACUGCACAAAUAAAUUCUGAAAUAUUAAGAUAUAAAUUAGCAAAUCUUGCCUCUCAUGCAGCUACAGGCUUAGAUAUUCAAUAUGGAAUUAACAAUAAUAUUGCUAAUCUCCAGCAACAUCAAACUUAUGUUAUGGUGGAUAUUACUAAUAUUAUUAAAAAUAAAUUUAAUGUUUUAGUAAAUGAAUUAUAUAAUUUUACACAUGAGACAGCCUGGGCUAUGUUAUGCUCUCAAGUACAAUCUGAUCUAUCUACUGACUUAAAGAUUCAACUUCAAAGUUUAUGGUCUGGAAAGUGGCCAGCUUCUUUAAGUUUAGCUGCAUCAAAGUCAGUCACUAAUUUUGCCAUGACACAUCUUUUAUGGUGGGAAGUAAUUUUAUCUGACUGCACCACUGAAUUUUGUAUGAUUCAUACAUUAAUUCCUUGGUCUGGUAAAGAUACUAUUAUUUAUCGCUUAGCGACAAUUGGUCUUCCUGCUAAUGGUUCAUUACUGUUUCCAGUAUUGUCACAUCAAUGGGUGUCACAUAACAUUGAUGAAUCAAAAUGGACACUUGUUGAUGUAUCAUUGUGUCAUUCCAAUGCAAAUUCGUUUAUCUGUUCCCUUUCACAAUUCCAUACAACCAAUGAAACAUGUUGGGAAAAUCAAAAGUCUUGUACCUUACAAAGUCAUUUUAAUGUACUUAGACCGGUAUUUUAUUUAGGAUCUGACAGAGUUUGUUUUCAUUUAUUUAAUUCUGAUACUAUUAUAUUCCAAACACAGGAUAAUGUAUUUGCUAGUUCUCAUUUAUUACCUGGUACCUGGUGUAAUACUAUUCCACUUAAAUAUAUUGCAUCAUCUAAUUGGAAUUUUACCAUGCCCCAAACUCUUAAUAUUACUUUAAAUUUAACAUGGGACCAUGUUAUGAAUUUUUCUGUUUAUAAUUUACCUUUGGGUAUGGGAUCACAAAUGAAAAAAUGGUUAACUGAUUCUACUAUAAUUUCUUCUUUGUUACAAAAUUUAAAACAUAUUUCUGUAGAUACUAAAAUUACAGUUGAACACGAACAAGGAAUUUUAAAAUCAGCUACUUCUAGUAUUUUACAGGAUGCAAAUAUAUCUUGGUGGGAAUCUGUAUUUGGAUAUAGAUACUCCUAUCUCUCUCUUUUCUUGGUGUCUGGAUGGAAUUCUUUUGAUUUGCACUUGGGCUCUUCUGAAUUGAUCUGCCUGACUACUACUGGACAUGCGGAGGCCUUGUGACAAGUUUACCUAUGGUUGCUGCAAUCGUUACCUGCAACUAACUGUGUUGUCUACUUGUUUCACCCUAUGGUUCUUCCUUGGCCUUUUCAGUGGUUAUAUACACUAUUUGCUCCUGUUUGUAAGCACUGUGAAGAUUACACAUGUUGUAUUUCUUGAUGGAACUGCUCCUACAGACUUUAUUGCUUUCAAUUCUGCAACAAAUGUAUCUUACUACUAAGGUAGUUAUGAACUGAACUUUUUCUGCAAUGACGCUGCUAUUGAUUUGAUUCCUUCAAUCAAGACUUGAACAUCUUUAUUUAUGAACUAUGUAAUUAUUGGAACAUUCUUUACUGUAGUGUAUGACGUCAAAUCCACUGUCUAUUGUUUGAAAUAUGUCUGGUAUAUGUCUGGUAGUUUCUUCUGUGUUGGCCCUUAGUGUUUAAUCAUUGGGAUUGUGUCUGACAUAAAGAAAAGAAAGUGGGGGAAUGUGGAGUUAUAAAAUCAUGAUUAGAAUAAAUUAUAAAAUCAUGAUUAGGAAAAUAUACAAUUUCAAAGAAGAAUUAAACAUUAAAUAUGUUAUUCAUAGAUAAAACAUUUAGAUAUAAAUUAAGAUAUAGAAUAUGGAAGAGUUAUAAAUUAAAUUAACUUAGAUAGGAUUAGUCAGUUUAGUUAGUAAUGGGUUAAAUAGUGUUUUAAAGACAAUGUAUUUAAAACUGUGACAUUUACAUUCAGUUGCUGUUGUCAAUCAAAACACCUAUACUGCUAGCUAGACACAUAGUAUUAUUAACACUAUAAUACACUGCGCAUGAACAAGUUAAAAUAGUAUUUUCUAUAUGUCAGCCAAAAUUAUAAAGUCUUUUAAGGAAGUUAAAAUAUACAAAGAUAGCAUUUUCAUUUAUGGUAUGCUUUGAUUUCAUUGGCUUAAAAUGUGUAUAUAAGCUUUGCCUAUGUAUGAGGCUAUUGUUAUCUUCUGCCUUAAGAUCUCGAGGUAUGUAAUUAAUCUUGCUGUGAUUAAUAAAUAGUUUAUGUCAACUAA